UCUCGAACCCUACGGCCUAUGCCCGACUUCUCCCGAUUUCCCGUGGUAAGUGAACCCACCACUCCACUGUCUUGAGCUCGCCGAUCCUCUCCUUUCUCUCUCUUCCACCCUUAUUUUCCCUAAUCUUCGCAAGAUCUCCCUCCAAAAGCUUAAAUUUCCGCCAUUGAAACCUUAUUCUUCUUGUCCUGAUCUGUAAUUUGGUUAAGGAUGGAUUGCAGAUCAAAUUUCCCUAAGUUGAAGUUCGUCUGUCGGACGGUCUUCUCUCUGCAACUCAUCUUAUUGCUUUUUCUGUUCCUAGCAACCAGGUCGUAUGGAUCUCGUAAAACGGGGAUGUCAUCAGUAUUUUCCUUAUUUAAUCUUAAAGAGAAGAGCAGAUUCUGGAGUGAGGCUGUGUUACGUGGUGAUUUUGAUGACUUGGAAAAUUCAGGAUCCUCAAGCCAUGGCAAGAUGGGUGUUUUCAAUUACACCAAGGCAGGUAACAUUGCAAAUUAUCUGAAGCUUUUGGAAGUUGAAUCCAUUUAUCUGCCAGUCCCCGUGAAUUUCAUUUUCAUAGGGUUUGAAGGGAAAGGGAACCACGAGUUCAAGCUAGGUCCUGAAGAACUGGAGCGUUGGUUCACGAAAAUUGAUCACAUUUUUGAACAUACAAGGGUUCCACAUAUUGGAGAGGAGCUCACCCCAUUUUACAAGAUUAGUGUAGACAAAGCACAACGUCACCAUCUUCCAAUUAUCAGUCACAUUAAUUACAAUUUCUCAGUUCAUGCCAUACAGAUGGGAGAAAGAGUUACUUCUGUUCUUGAGCACGCCAUAAAAGUUCUUUCCCGCAAGGAUAAUGUAUCUGAUACUAGGGAUGGUGGAGAUAUUCUUUGGCAAGUGGAUAUUGAUAUUAUGGAUUCUCUUUUUACCAAUCUUGUGGAAUAUCUUCAACUUGAGAAUGCAUAUAAUAUUUUCAUCUUGAAUCCCAAACGUGAAUCAUCAAGAGCUAAAUAUGGCUAUAGGAGAGGCUUAUCUGAGUCAGAAAUUAGUUUCCUUAAGGAGGAUAAGGGUUUGCAGGCCAGAAUUCUCCAGUCGAGAAGCAACGAGGAAGCUAUAUUUUCUCUUGAUAAGAUUAAGAGACCUCUGUAUGAAAAGCAUCCCAUGACGAAAUUUGCUUGGACAGCUACUGAGGACGUUGAUACAAUAGAGUGGUCAAAUAUAUGCCUAGAUUCAUUGAAUAAUGUUGAGAAGUUAUAUCAAGGGAAGGACACUGCUGAUAUCAUUUAUAGCAAACUUGCACAGUUGUUGAAUGGGAAGAACGAAGAUGUGAAACUCCUUUUGGAAAAGGAGUUGAAAGCUGGGGAAAUAUCUGGUCUUCACUCAGAGUGUCUCACAGAUACAUGGAUUGGAAGGGAUAGGUGGGCGUUCAUUGAUUUGAGUGCAGGUCCUUUCUCAUGGGGUCCUGCUGUUGGUGGGGAAGGUGUGCGCACAGAACUUAGUUUGCCGAAUGUGGAAAAGACUAUCGGUGCUGUGGCAGAAAUUUCUGAAGAUGAAGCUGAAAAUCGCUUGCAAGAUGCAAUUCAAGAAAAGUUUGCUGUUUUUGGUGAUAAAGAUCAUCAAGCGAUUGAUAUCCUUUUGGCAGAGAUUGAUAUAUAUGAGCUUUUUGCUUUCAAACAUUGCAAGGGAAGAAAGUCUAAGCUUGCUCUCUGCGAAGAGCUUGAUGAAAGGAUGCGGGAUUUGAAAAAUGAACUCCAGUCCUUUGAGGGUGAGGAAUUUGAUGAAAACCAUAAGAGAAAGGCUGUGGAGGCAUUAAAACGAAUGGAGAGCUGGAAUUUAUUCAGUGAUACUUCUGAGGAGUUCCGAAAUUAUACCGUUGCACGUGAUACUUUCCUUGCACAUUUAGGUGCUACAUUGUGGGGAUCUCUCAGGCACAUUAUUUCACCUUCAAUUGCCGAUGGCGGAUACCACUAUUAUGAGAAGAUAUCAUUUCAAUUAUUUUUCAUUACACAGGAGAAAGUUAGAAAUAUUAAACAAAUACCUGUGGAUCUCAAAGCUCUCAUGGACGGGCUAUCAUCAAUGAUGUUACCUUUUCAAAAAGCUAUGUUUAGUCCGCACAUGUUUCCCCUUUCAGAAGAUCCUGCUUUGGCAAUGGCCUUCUCAGUAGCACGGCGUGCAGCAGCUGUCCCACUAUUGCUUGUCAAUGGAACUUACCGGACAACUAUCCGUUCCUAUCUUGACUCCUCUAUCCUACAGCACCAGUUACAGAGGCUGAAUGAUCAUGGCUCACUUAAAGGAACACAUGCACAUAGCAGGUCUACGCUGGAAGUUCCCAUCUUUUGGUUUAUACAUAAGGAUCCACUAUUAGUCGACAAACAUUAUCAAGCAAAGGCACUUUCUGACAUGGUCAUUGUUGUCCAGUCGGAACCUUCAUCCUGGGAAAGCCAUCUGCAGUGCAAUGGGCGAUCACUGUUAGUGGACUUGAGGAGACCUGUAAAAGCUGCCUUGGCUGCGACCGCUGAACAUCUAGCUGGUUUGCUGCCCCUUCACCUGGUAUACAGUCAAGCCCAUGAAACUGCAAUUGAGGACUGGAUAUGGUCGGUGGGAUGCAACCCAUUAUCCAUUACUUCUCAAGGCUGGCACAUCUCUCAGUUCCAGUCUGAUACGAUUGCUCGAAGCUACAUCAUCACAACUCUUGAUGAGUCGAUAAAACUUGUUAAUUCAGCCAUUCAUCGUCUAGUCAUGGAGCAUACAACUGCACGGACUUUUAAGCUCUUCCAAUCUCAAGAGCGUGAGCUAAUAAACAAAUAUAAGUCUGUUGUUGGGCUCUGGAGAAGAAUUUCAACUGUUACUGGGGAGUUGCGGUAUCCAGAUGCUGUGAGACUGCUAUAUACUCUGGAGGAUGCAUCCAAAGGGUUUGUUGAUUAUGUAAACGCAACUGUAGCUCUACUGCAUCCAAUCCACUGCACCAAAGAGAGGAAAGUUCAGGUAGAGAUAGACAUGACUACAAUCCCAGCAUUCUUAGUUGUUAUUGGCAUUCUUUGGUUUGUGCUUAGGCCAAGGCGGCCUAAGCCCAAAAUUAACUGAGUAGUGGCUCUGCAGGGAUGUUGUAUCUGAGCUGGUUAGCUAAGCAGUAGUUUUUUCUUUUUCAUUGAAACAAAAAUUUUGC